UCUGUGGUGCAUCACUAAUUCGCAAUAAUAUUUUUUUCAAUUUUUCCGUGAUUUUUUGUGCUCAUUCAAUGAACUGCAGAUGUAUCGAAAGUGAUUUUUAUUCAUUCUUAUAUAUACAAUAUUUUUAUAAAAUAGUUUUUUAUUUUAGUACAUUUAAUUUGUACAUGUUACUUUUCACAGUUGUGAAGUGUUUUGUGCCACUUUCUAACUUAACUGUAAUUACGAGAAAACAAGUUUAAACUUAAUUUUUAACUAAGUAUUUGCAUGAAAUUAUUAUUAGUCUUAUUUGGAAAAAAAUAUCCCAUGUGAACACUGUAAACGGGGAAAUACGAUUUUUAAGUAGUGUCAAAAUAAUGCCAUGUAUGCUCCGGAUCAACUUAGAAGAAAAGAAAUUCGAGAUGCUAUGUACCGUAGCAAUUCAAGCCUUGACUUGAUAUACGCAGAGCACCCUACAGGAAACGGCUUGCGGCGCGAAUAUGGAAGUCAUGGGUCAAUUGACGUGAUCGGAGGUACUAGUGAACGGCUCCCCGCGAUGGUACACAAUUACAGUGGAUUAAACGCACCCGAUAGACCGUCCGGGUUAAGCCGUGUAACUGAUCGUUUCUCUGAAGUUUUGGCGGGAGACCACGCAGACGGGCCGACUCCACGAGCCACUGUGAGUCCUAAGCCUCGUCUUAAGUUGAAUAAGUUUUGGGGCGGAACUGCUGCGGUCAUUACUAGACCAGAUACAGAUGGAAUUAUAUCAUCAGUCGCAGAUACCAACAAAAGAAAGCAAUUUGCACAUUAUGAUUGUCAGUCACUUAUGGCCAAUUUGAGUUAUGCAGCUGAAAUUCGUGGAGCACUUUUGAGCAGACGUCGUAACACAACCACUGGAGCAUCAGCUGCAUCUUUGCUUGCAACACGUGGUUUACCGCCAGGCGAAGAUGCUGUCCCCGACACUGGUGAUGGACGGUCCAAUGAAUUGCUGGAAAGUUGUCCAUUCUUCAGAAAUGAAUUAGGGGGUGAAGAGGAGCGCUGCGUUUCUCUCUGUGCUCGCACAGCUCGCGGGGCCAUCCCGGGUCAAUUCGGAGGAUGGCAUCGUCCCCGGGCUGCAUACGGCUUCUCAGUCCUGGAGUUUCCCAAAGACCAGAGUCACUGGCGACAUGGCUGCCCUUUCGUGAGAUCAAGUUCGCCGUUGCCCAUUGAAAGACUAGAUCUAGGGGCACUAUACUACAGGAACUACUUUUAUACACAGCCACACCAAAACUGGUUCGGCAUGGAUGAAAAUUUAGGUCCCGUUGCGAUUUCGAUAAAAAAGGAACGGAUCGAGCUACGUAGGGGUGACGGCGACGCGUCUGUGCCGGUCUCGCAACUCGUCUGGCAAUACCGUCUCAUCAUACGAACCUCAGAACUGCUCACACUUAGAGGCUCCAUCCUUGAGGAUGCCUUACCCACCGGCAAACCUAGUAAUAGUAGUGCUACGUACAACACAAAAGAAGUAUUAGAAUAUGCUGCACCUGAAUUACAACUUGGUUGUUUAAGGCUCGGAAUCACUAAUGGUGGCGCAGAAGAACAACUUUUACGGCUAGACGAACAACGCGUAACCAGGCAUUACAAAGUUGGUGUAAUGUACUGUAAGAGUGGCCAAUCUACCGAAGAGGAAAUGUACAACAACCAGGAGGCGGGACCGGCGUUCGUCGAGUUCCUCCAAAUGUUGGGUCAAACAGUUCGGUUAAAAGACUUUGACAAGUAUAAAGCUGGUCUCGACAACCGGACUGACUCGACCGGGCUGUACUCCGUGUACACAACGUACCAAGGCUGUGAGAUAAUGUUCCACGUGUCAACGAUGCUGCCGUACACCCCAAACAACAGGCAGCAGCUGUUGAGGAAACGGCACAUCGGCAACGACAUCGUCACAAUAGUCUUCCAAGAACCGGGCGCGGCGCCUUUCACUCCGCGCAACAUUCGGUCUCAAUUUCAGCACGUGUUUGUUGUGGUUAGAGUGAUAGACCCGUGUACUGAAAACACACAUUAUAGUUUAGCUGUGAGUCGUGCUAAGGAAGUGCCUUUAUUUGGACCGCCAAUCAAAGAUGGCGCGGUCUACCCCAAGGGUGAAGCCUUCACUGAUUUGCUACUGAGUAAGGUGAUAAAUGGUGAAAAUGCAGCCAUCCAGUCUCCUAAGUUUAGUACGAUGGCGACGCGUACAAGACAAGAGUACCUGAAAGACCUCGCCAAUAAUUAUGUUUCUGCCACUACUGUGGAUACAGGACAGAAAUUUUCAAUAUUUUCGUCAUUAUUAAUGAAAAGUGGAAAUAAUUCCAACAACAAUACUAUAUUUCCGCGUGUUGAAGAUUGUGCAAACGACGUGCUUGUCAGGGGUGCAUUGUGCUACCACAUACAAGUCCAGGAUGAAGGUGCGGGUGGAUCCAUAUUAGACUGCAUCAUGGGAGUAUCGACUGACUCAAUUGUUAUCGUCGAAGAAAGCUCGAGACAAAUUAUUCUAGUUUUACCUACACUUACCCUGCUUGGCUGGGUGGUGAGCGGCAGUUGGACGCGCAUAUACUACCACCGCGGGGAGAGCGUGCGGGUGAGCGCGGCCACGGGCGACGGGCUGCUGCGGCGCCUGGCCAGCGUCGCGCCGCAGCAUGCGCACGCGCUGGACGAGCUCACCCUUGAGCGCGGCGCCGCCUCGCAACUAGGGUUCCACGUGCAAGCAGACGGGCUGGUGACGGCGGUGGAGGGCGGCGGCGCGGCCUCCAAGGCGGGCGUGAAGCGCGGCGCGCGCCUGCUGGAGGUGUGCCGCGCCGCCGUCGUGGCGCUGCCGCACGACCACCUCGUCGACCUGCUCAAGACCUCCGACCCCGUCACUGUGCGGUUAACAUUUGCGGAGGGCGCGCGCUGCGAGUGCCAAAGUGCGUGCGGCGAAGCGUGGGCGCAGCAGCCGGCGCGGCGCCGCCUGUCGCCGCCCAGAUCUGACACCUCUGGAUAUGGAACCGGUGGUUCAGGGCGCAGCACGACGUCCGGCGGCGGCAACGGAGGCAGCUCGGAGGUACGACGACGCUCGCACGAGGGCGCCUCGCCGCGCCACUCGCGGCGCCCGCGGUCCACCGCCACCUCCUCGCUCACUGAAGAAUUGAUGCGGCUAAUGGACGCAGAGCUAGGGGAAUCGAGGGGGGUGUCGGUUGUGGAGGGUAACGGCGGGCCGGGGGCGGGGGGAGGCGCGCCGCUGCCGCUGCCCGACGCCUCGGCGCUGGACUGGGCUGCCCUAGUGCACACCGCCACCCGCGCUAUGCUGCAGAUUUGUGAGGAGCAUCAGUACCAAUCAAUAGACACAGCUGAUCCGGCGUCGGAGUCUACGGCAGAUGUCGGUCUGGACACUUGGGCAGAAGUACCUAUAAACGAUACAACGGAGAGCACAUCGAGUCCGGUAGUCAGCAGCACUGACAGAGGCAGUGCGGGGGUCGCGCACAACUGCGGCUGCGGGCUGGCGCAGCGCGUGGCGGCGCUCGAGGCGGACGCCGUGUCUGCGCAGCGACACAGGCACCAUCUCGAGGAGGAGGUCCGUCGGCUGCGACGACUCAACGGCCGUCUUCGGGAGGAGUCUGCACGCGCCGUGUGGCAGCUGCGCCACUUCACGCAGUGGUUCAAGCGAACCGUCGACAAGCAGUGAGCAUCUCGAGGUAAUCAAGUUUUACGACUGGAUAGUCCAGUGGGUAUCCAUAUCUGGUCUACUGAUCUUAACACUAAUACCAUACUUUAGUUCGAGUGAUAACUAUUGGAAGUUGGACUAUGGUGGAUGACUGAUGUAUAAACAUUAUAAUUGUUCGUAGUUAU